AUGUCGCCUACAAACCAAAACACAACCCCUUCCUCAGGCUCAGGCUCAGGUAUAGCCACAGCCAUGCGUCCUAUGCCUAUAAUCCGCAGCAGGACAGGCUGCUUUACCUGUAGGAAGCGCAAGAAGAAGUGUGACGAGAGUAAACCUAUCUGCAGCGGUUGCAAACGCAAUAAACUCGACUGUAUCUGGCCAGAUCCUGCUGCUUCUGCCCCUAGUAAUUCGUCAUCAACUUCAUCUGCCAAGGUAGCAGCAGCAGUAUCCCGGUCAUCACGACCCUCAUUUGGUGCUUCCUCAACAGGCUCUCAAACAAGCAUUUCCUCUUCACUACGCCGCAGUCAGGACCGUGAUCAUGAAUAUGACCAAGGUCAAGGUCGUGACCCGCACUCGGCCACUGACCCCGUGCUACCGGACUCGGCGCCGGACCAAGACCGAGCUUUUGCUGAUAACCCCGGCAUCGUUAUUCCCCAUAAUGGCGACAGUUCUCCGGUGUCUGGGGAUACUCACAUGAUCGAUGCUCAUGAUACUCAAGUGGAUGAUGAUGAUCAUGAUGCUGAGACUGUCGUUAACGAUAACGCUGAUCACCAGCCUUCACACUCACCGUCGUCAUCAGCUUCAUCAGAAUCUCCAACGGCUAUAACGACAUAUGAUCCAGAUACUGCCAAUGCCAUCACUCUCGCGUUGCCGCCUUCUCCAGAGGGAGGACUGCCACUCAAUGGAGUCAUCACUAUGCCAAUGUCGAUGCUGCCAGAGCAGGGACAUCAUUCAUAUGAGCUGCUGAGUUACUACCUGGAUCGAACAGCCAAUAGUAUGGGCAAUGGCUCUACAGAUGUGAAUCCCUUCAUAUCAAAACUCAUACCGCUGGCCUUCUCAAAACCGCUCGUGCUACAACUCAUCCUCGCGCAAAGCGCUGCUCACCGCCAGGCGUCAGCAGAACGUCAUCCAAGUGAUGAGAUUGCACAGAGAUACUAUACAGACUCAUUACGGAUGUUCAGGAAUGUGGUCGAUGAAUAUGUGUCUGGCAAUGCUGAGAACACACUUGUAUUGACUGUCGGGAGUUUAAUUAUGUGCUUGACUGAGGUUGCUAAAGGCGAUAUUCAUGGAGCACAAAACCAUUUAUACGACGAUUUACCCGACUUUCUCAUCGAGUAUUACAUGCACAUAGCAGCCACAAGCAUGAUCUCGAUAGACCCGCAGUACAACUCUCAAUCACUACUCAGCCCGGAUAUAGAAAUCUUCCAUCUGGGACAGGUCAUGUCGUCGCCGACGGUAGACAGCGCUAUAUCGCCAAGUCCUGAUAACAUUGUCAACUUUGCGUUUCUGCAAUCUCAAGUAAUGGCUUUCUAUCCAGACCCCUCAGUCACACCAUAUACGCGUCUUGCAGGAUUAGUCUGGAAACAAGCUGCCCUCUUAUAUCUCUGGACAGUCCUGGGCAAACCACAUCAACAACCAGAAGGAAGCUUCCAACGCGCCCUGGUCGAAUCCGCAGUCGCCGAAGCAGUAACACUCCUCGAUCAAUUCCCUGCCACACACAUCCGACCCCUCAGUCCAGCAAGUUUUGAGGACGCGACUGCAGACGAUGCUGGAUACCAUCGGUCUUGGAAAUAUGAAGCAGACGUUGGUGCUGUUGGAACAUAUUUGGGAGCAGCCGCCUGA